CCUUGAGCCAGCCCCCGCCCCUAUCCGGCCCAGCCCGGUCCGGUCCGGUCCUGCCCAUCCCGUCUGCUGCUCACGCCACGCGUGACACAUCACGGCACACAGCAGCAACACAUCAGGACGCAAAGCAGCCAGUUUCCCCCCUCAACCGCUUCACAGCAGGGAUCCGUGCGCACAAUAUGGGCAACGUGCAGCCCACCGUAGUCCCAUUUGAGAACUUUGACGUUACGGUGGACAUCAAAGACAUUAGAAAAGCAUGUAAAGGUUUAGGCACAGAUGAGGAAGCUAUCAUCCAGAUCCUGGCCAACCGCUCUGCGGCUCAGCGCCUGGAGAUCAAACAGGCCUACUUUGAAAAGUAUGACGACGAGCUGGAGGAGGUGCUGAAGAAGGAGCUCACCGGUAGCUUUGAAAACGCCAUCGUAGCCAUGUUGGACGCGCCGCAGGUGUUCUUCGCCAAGGAGCUCAGGAAGGCGAUGAAGGGGGCGGGAACAGACGAGGCCGUCCUGGUGGAGAUCCUGUGCACGGCUACGAACGAGGAUAUCAUGAGCUACAAGGAGGCGUACGUCCAGGUGAACGAGCAUGACCUGGAGGCGGACAUAGAGGGCGAUACCAGCGGAGACGUUAGGAACCUGCUGAUCUCACUGCUGCAGGCGAGCAGAGACGAGGGCUACGAGGUGGACGAGGGUUUGGCCGAACAGGACGCCAUGUCUCUGUUUGAGGCAGGUGAGGGCAGGUUUGGUACGGACGAGUCGACCUUCACCUUCAUCCUGACACACAGGAACUACAUGCAGCUUCAGGCCACCUUUAAGGCCUACGAGUCCCUUUCGGGGACAGACAUUUUGGACACGAUUGACGCCGAGGCGACGGGAACCCUCAAGGAUUGCUAUGUAACUCUUGUGAGGUGUGCUAAGAACCCGCAGCUGUAUUUUGCUCGACGCCUCAAUGCUGCAAUGAAGGGACUUGGCACUGAUGAAGACACACUCAUACGCAUCAUCGUAGGCCGCUCUGAGAUCGACCUGGAAACGGUGAAGGACAUGUACCUGGAGAAGUACGACGUCACCCUGAAAGACGCCCUGGACUCGGAGUGUGGGGGAGACUUUAAGCGUCUGCUCAUUGAGAUCUUGCACUGAAUCACACAUUUACAUUCACGUCCACUCCUCACCCGGCCUUAUUCCGCUGUGACGUAACAGGAUGUCACUACACGCUCCGUUUUCUAUCACUCUUCACUCUCUACUCUAGCCUUUCUCCGUCUCGGAGAGUUCACUUUACAGCACGGACCAAAAUAAAAAACCAACUCGACGUAAUCCA